AUGUAUCAACUACGCGCAGAAAUUGCAGAGUUUCGUUGUUAUGAAACUCAAUUGAUAAUUUUAACCACUGCCCAUGACUAUCUUGGAAAGAAAUAUGGAAUAGGAUCUUCCACUGUCACACGAAUCAUUCAGAAAAAAGAAGCGAUUCGUGGGGCGGCUAAUAAAUUUAAGGAAUAUGGAGUAACUAACCGGAAGACACUAAAAGAGCAGACGUUUCCUCUGCUGGAAGAAGCUCUUUAUGUUUGGAUUUUGCAGCAGCGGCAAUCCAACAUUUUGUUGACAGUGGAUGUCCUCAAGACAAAAGCGGAGCUGUUGUUCAAAAUGUUCCAGGAUCGAGGACUCUAUAAGGUAAACAGUUUUGCUUCUUCGGACGGCUGGAUGCAUCGCUUCAAGCAACGGUUUGGAUUGCGCGUCAAAGCUGUAGCAGGUGAAAAGGCAUCCGUGAAUGUUGAAGCGUAUCUAAAUUUUAAAACGGUUUUGCUGAAAAAAAUUCAGGAAAUGAAGCUCUCGAUAUCCCAAAUUUUUAAUGCCGAUGAGUCUGCCUUGUUUAUAAAGCUCCUUGCAACACGCUCCGUCGUUACUUGCAAUGAAACUGUGGCAAGUGGACGAAAGCAAAACAAAACAAGGUACACGUUUAUGCCUUGCGCCAACGUAGACGGUUCUUUGAAGCUUCCGUUGUACUUCAUUGGAACUGCUGCUAAACCGCGAGGAAUCAACACCGAAGAACUUCCUGUGUCAUAUGUUCAUUCUAAAUAG